CAAAGAUAGAUCAGUCUUUCGACCCACACGGAAGUAACUAGCUUGUGCAAGACGACGAUCCCCGUCUGCAACGCACACCAACUGUUCGACGAAAUUCCCAUUAGAGUCUCGCUCAACCCAACCCGACCUGAAACGCUGACACCAUGAUCCCCAAGCAAAUUCGGCCAUUGGUGACCACCGCCGCUUUCGUCUUCGGCGGAUUGGUGGCUGUUAACGUCGCUUCCACCCUCACCGUCAACGCUCUCCGCCGCGCCACCGAACUCAAGCGGAAAAAAGUUGCUUUGCCAUGUGGGGUUUGCCGGGGGAAAGGGUUCUACAUCUGCAAACUGUGCGGCGGAAAUGCCACCAUAGAAUGGUCGCCUCUGUUCGACCCUGUCGCCAUGAAUCCUUGCCUCUGCCCUACCUGCGACGGCAACAGAGUCCAGCGAUGCUUGAACUGUCUUGGUAAGGGCUACAGUUGAUAAGGUUAGGAACAGAAAUGGUUUUCUGUGGCUUUGAAGUGGGUAGUACAUGUAUUGGUGAGAUUGGUAAUGGGGGGAAGUGGGAUUUGAUUGGCAGAUCUAAUCAGUGUCAUUGUCAAUCAUUCCAUGGUGUUUAUGCAAACUUGUAGCUGCUACAAAUCAACCAACCAUCAUAGAGUUAAUGAUUUGGGGUCCUGCUGGAAUCCUCGACUAUUUGUACUUAUUCAAUCAUGUGAAUUUAUUGUCAAAAAAGGGGAUGGCAAUGAUCAUAAGCCAGAUGACAAAACUGACGAAUGGGGGAAUUCAUUUCCUUGUUUUCAUAAUCCAGCUUCAGCAAUCAUGUGACUAUGUCUACUGUCUACCACUAGUUUCUAUGUGGUGUAAAGUAGCACCUACAAUAUUAAUCUCGUUAGCAUGUUGAUGGGUUUGGACUUUGGAGAGUGGGGAGUCGACGUUUUUCGG